UGUUUUCAAACUCUACCAAUACCUAAUGUUUUUAUGACCAGUGGUAGGAUCUUGUGAUACUGGACAUCACGUUACAUCAGAAAACCUAUAUCUACAUGGUCGUCACUGCAAUUCUCUUAUGUGUCGUCCUGUUGGGAUUCGCGCUGGAUACCAUUAACAAACGCCACAUGAGGCUUGCCCAGAAGACUGACGGCAGUGAUUCUAGUAACAAUAACAAAGAUUCUGAGAAACCGAUAGAAAUGAUCGAGUCACCAAAAGCAGAGUCUCAAGCAGAGGGUAGACAUCUUAGCGAAAGACUUUUCGACCAGAUCUGGAAAGCCAAGUUAUGGCUUACUGCUUCUAAACCUGGAAAUAUCAUAGAGAAAAUCCUGCUGUGUUUUUCCUGGAAAACCAAUGCGAGCAAGAUUUCUAACACUAAACAAAGUUCAAAUAGUAUCAAAUGCGUGCAUGGACUAAGGACGCUUAGCAUGACAUGGGUAAUAAUGGGCCACAGUUUGACCAGUGCCGUCUAUAAACUAGACAACAUGUCAGUAUUCCUGCGUCUCACCAAGCAAUGGACCUUUUAUCCAAUGCUACGGGCAAUCUACUCCGUCGACACUUUCUUCUGUAUAAGUGGAAUUUUGGUAGUCUAUGGAGCAUUGGCUAAGCUAGAAUCUACACGCAACACCAACAAGCCAGCUGCUAAAAGCCCAAAAUUUUGGCUGUACUACUACUACCAUAGGUUUUCCAGAAAGCAUACUUUGGAUUCGUGUAGGAAAUAUUGGUGGACGAAUAUACUAUACAUUAAUACAAUAUAUCCAAAGAGUAUUGGUGACACUUGCAUGGGCUGGACGUGGUACUUGUCUGAUGACACCAUCUUUCACUGGAUCAGUCCGCUAAUUAUUCUGCCGCUAUACUGGAAACCAAUUGUGGGUCUUGUUUGGACUGGGAUUCUGACUGCGGGAGGAUUAGCAAUAAGAUUCGGAAUUGCUUAUACGAAGGAUAUCGCCUACUCCGAUCAUAUGACAGUACCUGCACCAGGAAGCGAGAUAUUGUACUUCCAUCCAGCGGGUCGAAUUACACCUUAUCUUGCCGGCAUGGCAACCGGAUAUCUACUAUACAAGUGUAAAGGCAAGACGGUCAAGCUACACUGGGCACUAGUGAUCUCCGGCUGGCUGACCUGCUUCAUUACUCUGGGAUCUCUUAUAUGGGGAUUAUAUGGUAAUGCUAUCAACGAAAAAGCGACCACGCCUACGGGUGAUAUCGUGCUACAGACCUUCAGUAACCUGCUAUGGGCUAUAGCAAUUUGCUGGAUUGUCUUCGCUGGUCAGCAUGGCUACGGAGGAGUUGUUAAUUCAUUCCUGUCAUGGAAGGGUUGGGUUUUACCGAGUCGGCUAUCUUUCGGUGCCUACUUAUUACACCCCAUCAUCUUUCUAUGGGUCGAGGCCGCAACAAGUGAAACCGGCACUACAACACAUCUUAGUGAUCAUGAGAUACGCUGGCAAUAUCUUCUUCACAUAUUGUAUGGCCUUCAUUACAACAAUGUGCGUGGAAACACCAUUCAUGAGAUUGGAAACUGCGUUUAUAAAGCGCUAAGUAAGCUUAAUCAUACACUUUGGUAUCUGUACUCGUCCGCCUGUAAAUUACGUGGAUACUUGGGCGUGAUAUGUGGCACAUGUAACUGUCUGUGAAACAAACUCUUCGUUCCCUACUCAACAGAAGAACAAGCUUACCGUAUGUAGUAUACACACUGUUCGUAUAGUGUCCAGGUGUUGACCUAAUGAAAAUGCAAACAAGGUGCGUACGUAUUGCCACCCUCAGGAGUCGAUAAGCCCUACUUUUGUAGUCUAUCAUAAGACAGUGUAACAAAGCCAGCUUCUGACACAACCGCCCGGCAGCAAGGUUUACGUUUGCUAACCAGUAGCAGGGUAUUUUGCAAUUCUAACAUACUAAAUGAUAUAUUAUAUGGAAUUUGAUUUCUGUUGACAGAGAAAACACUGAAUCAAGUUUUAGUAGCAGUUAAUGAAAAAAUGUAAAGUUAUUUCACCCAAAGUGCAUCUCUUACUUCCUAAUUGUUUUCGAAAUUGUAGACCGUGUUAUGUACGUUACAUUUCUGCCUCUUUAAUAUUGCUAUUUUUAUUCCUUUGUACACAAGUCCCGUUUACGGUGUCUAAACUCAAUUCCCUAUUCCUCACUGCUAAACGUGUGUUGCUUGACCAUGAAGAAUCUUCCAUGUGCAAUGUCUCAUUUAUUAUUUUUUAAUGAAUAAAAACCAGUUUAAGAAAUUUUC